GUUUGUGUCGUACAGUGUAUUGAAUGGUGUAUUGAAUGCUGUACUGAACACCACAUCAAACACAUAAACAUAACACUAAUAGAGGUCUGCAUUGCAUUGGAUUAGCUGUGGAUGACAUGUGUGACGGUCUGCCAAGUCUUACAUCCAGUCCUCGUGUGCACCAUCUCUGUGGUGAUCAAUGAGUGGACACAACCCAUCGGUGAGACAAGUGUUGGUUAAAGCGGCAGAGAGACGACUGUAGGGAACGUCCGCCUCAUUGAGUGCCUCAGUGUCACCGGAGUGUCUCAAAUCAAUUCAAUUGCCAUAUUGGCCACCAUCUGACGCAUGGGUGGUAUCUCUGGUGGUCUAAACGUUUUUACUUUAUUCUCUGCUAUCACACGAAUCCAUCCAAGAGUUUGACGACUGGUGCCUAUCGAGCACUGGGAGCUCAGUCUCAUCUGUUGAUCUAGUGAUUGGUUAUGGCAAUGGUUAACAGUUUGGCUAACGUUAAGGACUCGCGUUGGCUGCAGUUGGAAGUGUGCCGCGAAUAUCAACGAAAUAAGUGCACCCGUCCUGACCACGAAUGCAAGUUCGCACACCCCACCAACAAUGUCGAGGUCCAGAAUGGCAGGGUCAUCGCCUGCUACGACUCCAUCAAGGGUCGGUGUAACCGUGAGAAGCCUCCCUGUAAGUACUUUCAUCCGCCACAACACCUCAAAGACCAGCUCCUGAUUAACGGUCGCAACCAUUUGGCUCUCAAGAAUGCUUUACUCCAACAAAUGCCUCUCCAGACCGUCCUUACGAGUCAAAUACCAAUGGUUAGUCCCAUUACUUUCACUCCAUUCCCAUCACUAUCUCAAUCAAUCAUACCUUUACUAUAA